CCACACCCGGGGCUCGGAGCAGGAGGAGGAGGAGGGGCCGGUUCGUUCUCGGCGCUGCUCCCUGCAACCUGCGGGGGCCGGUGCACGCCGGGCGAGGAGCCCGGGCCGCUGCAGGUGCGUGCAAUCCUCCGAAGAGACGGACUCUCCACCGCUGGGCAAACCCGGGAGCUGCAAGCCGAGGGCGGGCGGGCAAGCGAGAGGAAGCAACAAAGACAGGCUUCAGCUGGGGCUGGCGAGAGGGGCCGCGGCCGCCGGCCUCCCAGCGCGGACGGAGAGGGCGCCCUGGGAGAGGCGCGGGCAGAGCUGCAGCGGUGAGCGGGGCCCCGAAGGGAGGCGCAGCGCCUCCCGCCGGACGCAUGGAGCACAGUCUCCUGCGAGGAUGCGUCGCCUGAGCGCGCGAGCGGCCGGGGUCCCAGGCGGACGCGACCGGUGCUGAGAGGGAAAAAAAAAAAACCUUUUCCGACUUCGGACGGCGCUUCCGGACGCAGGGAUCGCCCUCACCGACAGCUCCCCUUCCCACACGAAGAAAAGCAUCGGCCCCCCCGGGGGGGCCCUUCCUCGGGCAAUCUUUAUUACUCCUGCAUGGCCGCAACCCGCAGAUCGGAGCGUCGUGGCCUCUGAGACUUGGUGCCCUUCGCCUGCCUGGCUGACACGGAUUUCCGCUGCAGAACGUGCCCCAGCCAGGGCUCCCAGCUCAGCCAUGCUGGCCUGUCUGCAGAGGACUCAGAACCCACCCGGCCAACACCUGGCCUGUCCGAGCAAGAGCCUGGAUCUGCGAAAGUGCGAGUCGGUGGCCAGCUCUAUGCAUUCCUCUCGUUACCCAAGCCCAGCCGAGCUGGAUGCCUACGCAGAGAAGGUGGCCAACAGCCCCCUGUCCAUCAAGAUCUUCCCCACCAACAUCCGAGUGCCGCAACACAAGCACUUGAGCCGCACGGUCAACGGCUAUGACACCAGUGGCCAGCGUUACAGCCCCUACCCUCAGCAUACCUCUGGCUACCAGGGCCUGCUGGCCAUCGUCAAGGCUGCUGUCACCUCCAGUGCGGCCGCGCCCUCCGGGCACACCAAAAGCGUGCUCAAGAGCGUGGAGGGCAAGCGGACUAAACUGUCACCGGCCACCGUGCAGGUGGGCAUCGCACCCUACCCAGUGCCCAGUACCCUGGGGCCCUUGGCCUACCCGAAGCCACCUGAGGCACCUGCACCACCGCCCAACCUGCCUGCAGCAGCCACUGCCACCUCUGUGAUCCCUCUGCCAGGCCGGGGCCUGCCUCUGCCCCCCUCCAACCUACCCUCGAUCCACAGCAUCCUGUACCAGCUCAACCAGCAGUGCCAGGCCCCGGGUGCUGCACCGAGCGCCUGUCAGGGCGUGGCUGUGCCCCACCCCAGUCCAGCCAAGCAUGGCCCCGUGCCCAGUUUUCCUAGCAUGGCUUACUCGGUCACAGCUGGUUUGCCAGACUGCCGGAAGGGCACAGAACUGAGCCAGGGAGCCACACCAGCCCUGACACUGGCUGGGGCCACCAAACCUGCAGGGUAUGCAGAAGGUGGCCUGGAUUACCUGCUGUGGCCACAGAAGCCGCCCCCUCCCCCACCCCAGCCGCUUCGGGCCUACAGUAGCAACACUGUAGCCAGCAAGUCCCAGUCCCCAGAGACUUGUGGUGGGAGGGCAUUCGAGAGGGCCAACGGGUCGCCCCACAACUGCAGCAUGGGGCUGCCCGGCAGCUUCACCGUGGGCCAGUACUUUGCUGCCCCUUGGAACAGUGUUCUGGUGACACCUACCAGUGACUGCUAUAAUCCUGCAGCUGCUGCCGCAGUGACAGAGCUGGGACCAGGAGCGGCCCGGGAGCUAGCCGGGCCUCCUGGAGAUGCACUCUCAGGCCUGACCAGCAAGAGUGUGUGUAACACAGCCGUGCUGAGCAGCAGCCUCCAGUCGCUGGAGUAUCUCAUCAACGACAUCCGGCCACCCUGUAUCAAGGAACAGAUGCUGGGCAAGGGCUAUGAGACCGUGGCUGUGCCCCGGCUGCUGGACCACCAGCACGCCCACAUCCGCCUACCUGUCUACAGAUAAGGUCUGCCCUGUGGGCACACGGACAGAUGGACAGGGUGCUGGGGGUUGGCGGGCCAUAGCACAGAGCAGGAAGCUAGCAGCCCUGUGUCCACAGGGAAGCCAGGCUGGUUACCGCCCCGCUGUAGUGGGCAGGCAGGUUGACCUCACACACCAGGGCUCCCCCCCAUCCCCAACUUGCUGUCCCAGGAAGCAGGGAGGGUCCCGGGCUGGCUGCAAAGCUAGUCCUUCAUCCAGGCAGGGAGAGAGGACCUUCUGCAAACAAGAAGUUCCUUCUGGGUCUCCAGCAGAGGGGUGCUCUGGUCAUCCCGUGUCGUACACUGGGUCCCCACCCACAAUCUCCCAGUCUCAGAAAGGGAGCCGAGAGGAUCCAUAGCGUGUCCCUGGGUCCAAAGUGCCCCAUCCCACCAACUAAUCCAGGUGAAGAACCACCCUGACUCCAGACUCCCAGAGGCCUCAGGACUACCAGCCCCCUGUUCCUGCCCACUCUUCCCCUAACUACCCACCCCCCCUACGCUGUACACCCCAGACCAACCUCUUCUCCAUCCCCUACAGUACAUCUCACAGGGCUGCUGGGAACAGCUGGUGCGUUGCACAAGGGCACCUUGCCCAAGGAGACUCCACUCGCAUCCUAGACUUGUGUAUUUAUUACAGUUGUCUGCAUUUCGAGGAAGGGACACCAUCUUCCUAUCCGCACAAAGAUGUCACAGGGCGGGGGGCUAACAAGAGACCUGUAAAUUCAGGUCUGUUCACAAGGACGAGCUUGCCUUGCUUCGCGUGUCGGGGUCUCCCAGGGACCAGUGGGAGGGUGACCUGGCUAUAACUGGAAUAAGCAAUCCACCUCCCAUUCUGUAUCACCCCUCCCCCUGCCCUGCUGCGGGGAGGCUGGGGGGUGGUGAUAAAGAAGCCCAGGAAGUCCUCAAGGCCUGCAGUCCCCUGGCCCUGCCGGCCCCAGGCGCUCCGGGAGCGGUACUGUAUCUCUCCAAGGCCUGUCUGAGCACUAAGUGCAUUUACAAAUCUCUGAGAAUGUUUUUUUUUAUACUAAAAUUGACCAUUUUAUUCUACUGUGAGAAGUGCAGUCUGUCUGCACUAUAUUGUUUUAAAAACGAAGAGAAAGAAAAAAAAGG